ACGGCUAUUGGAGUUCGUUCUUUACGAGAGUUAGAUGUUAAACAUGUUGGAGUUGAUAUUAUGCUUCAUGAGCAUGGCGCAGCUGAAGGUGCCACUCUGGGCCUUCAUAGGUUUGAUAAUUUAAAGUCCGCCAAAAAUCAAAAAGCAUCACCUCUUGUCUCACCAAUUGGUUCAUCUACAAAUGUUGAUGAUAAUUUAUCCUGGAAUACUGGUCUAAUUUAUGCGCAAGCACAAAAUCAUGCUCGAACAUUAGCAGAAACACCGGCCAAUCUUAUGACACCAACUAUCUUUACUGAAACUGUUCAGUCUUUCCUAAAGGAUUUACCAAACGUAAAAAUUUUUGUUCAUGAAAAAGAAUGGGCAGUCCAAAAGAACAUGGGGUCUUUUCUAUCAGUAGCUAAAGGUUCUGUUGAACCAUUGAAAUUUUUGGAAAUUCACUAUAAUGGUGGUGAAGAUGGUCAAAAACCUUUAGCGUUUGUAGGGAAAGGAAUUACUUUUGAUAGUGGUGGUAUUUCUAUCAAGUCAUCAGCUAAAAUGGCAGAGAUGAAAGGAGAUAUGGGUGGGGCAGCAGCUGUGUCGUCUGCUAUCUAUGGUAUAGCUAAACUUGGUUUACCGAUAAAUGUUGUUGUCUCUGUUCCAUUGUGCGAAAAUAUGCCAUCAGGAAUUGCGACGAAGCCCGGUGAUGUCGUUAGGGCCAUGAACGGCAAGUCAAUUGAGGUUGACAAUACAGAUGCUGAAGGACGUCUUAUUUUAGCGGAUGCGCUCUAUUAUACAAGCUCUACUUACAAACCUCACAGUUUGAUAGAUGUUGCUACCUUAACGGGAGCUAUGGUAGUCGCACUCGGAGAAAUUUAUUCAGGCGUGUUUACCAAUUCGAAUAAACUUUGGGAACAAUUAUUAAAAGCAGGAAAAAUUGCAAAUGACCCUUUUUGGCGUAUGCCACUAGAUGAUAAAUAUAGCGAGGACAUUAAGAAGUCAAUUGUAGCGGAUCUUGUAAAUGUUGGGCCAAGGGGUUCGGGAGGUUCAUGUGUAGCCGCCAUUUUUUUGAAAGAAUUUGUGAGUGGAUUGACAGAUGACACUGACGUCAGUGAAAAGGAAAAUGAGAAAUUGACUGAUAUGGAUGCGGAUGUGGAUAAAAAGAUUCGGUAUGCACAUAUUGAUAUCGCGGGUUCAAUGAUUACAUCACGGGAUUCAGGAUAUCACGUCAAGGGCAUGACAGGACGCCCAACUCGCUCUUUAAUAGAAUUUUCUAGAUUAGUUGCCCAAAAUCCUGACUUCGUUUAA